GCGUAAGAGGUCGGCCGACGCUUAUUAAGUAUUCUGACAUAUAAUUUGAUAGUAAAUGAGACGCUGUCACGUCUUCACCCGCCCUCCUAUGUUUUCUCGUCGCUUCGAGAUUCUCCUUGCAGAUAGUCUCCAUUAUGGUGAUGUCGAUGGCAAUGAAGUGGCACCGACCAAAGCGAGAAAGGAAACAACUGGGUGCAGAAUGGUGUAGUUAGCUAGCUAAGCUGUACCUAGCUCUGAGCGAGAGGGUGCAUGUUUGACGUCUCUUUAUUUUUCUAUUCCACAUAGCUGAAGACACGCAUUAUAGCCUAUGUUGUAUUUUUUUACUUACGGAAGAUGGAAAGCGCGCGGGCAACGGACCUGAAAGACAGGUUGGCAGUGGACAGUUCGGCGGCGGUUAGGGCAGCGGUGCCUAGCUCGGAAGUAAACAAGAUCAGCGGUAAGUUUACGAAGCCCAGUGGACUGUCCACCGCUUUGGGGAAGGCGGUGGACGAUGGCGGAGGCGGUGCAGAGUCAAGACCGGAGAGUGAACUACGGAGAGCUGCCGCUCACGUUGCGACAUUAUCUGGGAAUCGACGGGAUCACUCUUCCACGGAAAAUGGCAUUAAGACAACAGUAAAAGCAUCUGCCUACGGCCGUACUUUAUCUGGCAACUCAAACUCGCUGCUGUCCAGACGAAAGCGACUGAAAAGGAAUCUCUCCGCCGCAGCUGUAGCCUCCGUCCCGUCGGUGGCCGCUUCCGGGGCUAAAAUGAGCACAGCUUCUUCGUCCACGUCUCUGAGCACACGGAGCUUGGACAGAAAGAUGCUUCUGAGGCACAGGCAAGUUACACAGCUGCAGUCGUCCGACCGGGAGUGGGUUCGCGCUGAUUUGCAGCGGGGAUGCGUACAAGUCCACGACAGACUUAAGCCUUCGUACCUCAGGCUAGUUCUGUGCACGCAGGAGACCACCGCCGGGGACAUUGCGCGACGACUGAGCCAACUCGGCAGCAAAACGGGGACCGUUGUGAGAGUGGUCGGCAAAUGCUCAACUGAUUUUGACGGCAAUUUCAAUGGUGGCAGGUACGCAUUAGUUAAUGGCCAGCACAGACAGGCUGAAAACGCCACAUCCAAGUCCGAACAUUUAAACCGCCAGAAACACGCAGACCGCCUGGAAGCUUUAUCGGGCCGGCCAGCUGACAGUUUAAGAUUACUGCUCCUGGAUAGCCAGAACAGCCACGAGCAACAAUUGGAUACAAAUCUUCAUACGCCGGACUCGCAAUCAGAUGGUAGCAUUUUACACAGUACGUCCUCGGACACAAACGCAAACCUCAAUGCGGGUGACCUGAAUGGCGACGAGUCUUAUAAUCACAACGGGACGGACAGCUGUGGGCUGAAUUCAGGUUCGGAUGCGGAGAGCAGCGCGUUUGACGAUUUGAGCUCCGGGGCCCGGCUCAAUGAUCACCGGGAUUCGCUCAGCGACGAUAUGGUUUUGGGCACGGACGCCUCCAUACUAAGCCCGGCGUUUGACAGCGCCACCGAGGGACUCGACACUUUCGGCAGUUCCUCUGACGAACUGGAGCUCGACUGUCCAUCUGUCUUGGAAUCCGUUCCUCAACAAUUUGAGCGUUGCACGGACAGCUCCACCAACGCUAACGACAACCGACUGUGUGACAACACGGUGUCAAGCGAUGUGACAGGUGAAAGUCAAUCUGGUGGCAGCAGCACCAAUUCUUUGUCGCGACCUUGUCUGACAGGUAAUUCAGCGGUCAGAAACGACCCGGCAAGCACUGGCACUUUGAAAACUGGACCGGGGCUCGACAAUGGUAAUUUUAUCCCGACCCUUUACGUUCAACUGCACGGCGAAGCAGCCAGGCGGCUAGAGGAGACCGAAAAGCCCCUUCAAGUGCAAAAUGACUUUCUCUUCAAACUGGGGUUUAAGAACCCGUGGAGGGUGCAAGAGGAGGGAAUGGAGACGGAGAUCGGCUCCCUGAUACGGUUCUAUGCAGGGAAGCCCCAGAGUAUCGAGGGCUCUGAGCGCGUGCAGCUGUCGGGGACGUACAACGUGCGCAAGGGCAAGAUGCAGCUGCCCGUCAACCGCUGGAGCCGGCGCCAGGUCAUCCUGUGCGGCACCUGCCUCAUCGUGUCCUCCGUCAAGGACAGCCAGUCGGGCAAAAUGCACGUCCUGCCCCUGAUUGGUGGAAAGGUGGAGGAGGUGAAGAGGCACAGCCACUGCCUGGCGUUCAGCUCUGCCGGGCCCCAGAGCCACACCUACUACGUCAGCUUCGACAGCUUCACCGAGCACCUGAGGUGGCAGCGCCAAGCCUCCAAGAUGGUGUCCCAGCGUAUCAGCUCCGUAGACCUGUCCUGCUGCAGUCUGGAGCAGCUUCCCCCGAACCUGUUCUACAGCCAGGACCUGACGCACCUCAACCUGAAGCACAACUUCCUGUCCCCCGCGCCCAGCCUGGACGAGCUGCCCAGGUUCUCUAAGCUGCGCAGUCUGAACCUCUCCAGCAACCACCUGGGCCAGUUCCCCCAGGCCGUCUGCAGCAUCCCCACCCUGACCGAGGUCAACCUCUCCUGCAACUACCUGACCUCCGUGCCCAGCGCCGUGGGCUCCAUGCACAGCCUGCAGACGUUCCUGUUGGACGGGAACUGCCUGCGGUCCCUCCCGGAGGAGCUGGGGGCGCUCCAGCACCUCAGCUACCUGGGGCUGUCCUUCAACCAGUUCAGCGCCGUUCCCAUGGUGAUGGAGCGGCUGGCGGGCGUGGAGCGGCUCUGCAUGGCGGGGAACGGCCUGACCGCCCUGGAGCUGCGCGCCUUCCGCCUGCUGAGGGUCAAACACGUGGACCUGCGGCUGAAUAAGAUCUGCCAGGUGCUCCCGGAGGAGCCGGACUUCCUGCGUCAUGUGACGCACCUGGACCUGCGGGACAACCGGCUGCAGGAGCUGGACGCCUCCAUCUUCCCCCGCCUGGAGGUGCUGCACUGCGAGAGGAACCGGCUCACCUCCCUGUCCCUGCGCGGAGGCCCCCUCAAAGCGCUCUACGCCUCGGCCAACAAGCUGUGCCAGCUGGAGGUGUCUCCUGUGCCCUCUAACCUGACUUACAUGGACGUCUCCAGGAACCGUCUGGAGUCCCUCCCCGAUUGGCUGUGUGACCUCAGGCAGCUGGAGGUGCUGGACGUCGGCCACAACCGCGUCGGCGAGCUGCCCGCUCGACUCUUCUGCAGCAGCAGUCUUAGGAAGCUCCUGAUGGGACACAACCAGCUACAGCGGUUGCCAGAGCGACUGGAGCACACGCAGGUGGAGGUGCUGGACGUCCAGCACAACCAGCUGGUGGAGCUGCCCUCCAACCUGUUCCUCAAAGCGGAAAGUUUGCGGUGUCUGAAUGCUUCGGCCAAUCAGCUGGAAGGCCUGCCACCCUCCAGCCUAUCAGAAGAGAGCCACAGCAUCCUGCAGGAGCUCUACCUCACCAACAAUCGGCUCACCGACAAAUGUGUGCCUCUACUGACCGGACACAGCCACCUGAGGGUACUGCACAUGGCAUACAACCAGCUACAGAGCUUCCCAGCCAGUAAAAUGGCGAAGCUGGAGCAGCUGGAGGAGGUGGACCUGAGCGGUAACCAGCUGAAGGCGGUGCCCACCACCAUCCUGAGCUGCCGGCGCAUGCACACGCUGGUGGCACACUCCAACUGCAUCCAGGUCUUCCCCGAGGUCAUGCAGCUCAUGGAGAUGAAGUGUGUGGAUGUGAGCUGCAAUGAGCUGACUGAGGUCACACUGCCGGAUAAUCUGCCGCCGAAGCUGCAGGAGCUGGACCUGACAGGGAACCCCCGACUCAGCCUGGACCACAAGACCCUGGAGAUGCUCAAUAAUAUCCGCUGUUUCCGGAUCGAUCCGGCCCCCACCUCCUUCUCCGCGGGCGAGCCCCCGGGCGGCCCCGCCAUCUGGAGUCACGGCUACACCGAGGCCUCGGGAGUCAAGAACAAGCUGUGUGUGGCUGCCCUCUCUGUGGCUCAUUUCGGGGACAGUCGGGAGGCUCUGUACGGGGUGUUCGACGGCGACCGGAACGUGGAGGUACCCUACCUGCUGCAGUGCACCAUGGGAGACGUGCUGGCCGAGGAGCUGCACAAGACCAAGAGCGAGGAAGACUACAUGACCAACACCUUCCUCGUCAUGCAGAGGAAGCUGGGCACCGCGGGGCAGAAGCUGGGCGGCUCUGCCGCUCUGUGCCACAUUAAGCACGACCCCAUGGACCCGGGCGGCUGCUUCACCCUCACCGCCGCCAACGUGGGCAAGUGCCAGGCCAUCCUGUGCCGCGACGGCAAGCCCCUCCCCCUGUCCGUCACGCACAACGUGGGCCUGGAGGAGGAGUACCGCAGGACCCAGCAGUACAAGGCCAUCAUCACCGAGGACAACAAGGUGAACGGCGUGACGGACUCCACGAGGAUCAUGGGAUACUCCUUCCUGUACCCGUCGGUGAUCCCGCGCCCCCACGUGCAGACGGUCACCCUCACGCCGCAGGACGAGUUCUUCGUCCUGGGCAGCCGGGGCUUGUGGGACAGCGUGUCGCCGGGCGAGGCGGUGGAGGCGGUGCGGAACGUUCCGGACGCGCUGGCGGCGGCCAAGAAGCUGUGCACGCUGGCGCAGGGCUACGGCUGCACCGACAGCCUGAGCGCCGUGGUGGUGCAGCUCAACGUGAGCGAGGACUGCUGCUGCGGCUACUGCAGCUGCUGCGAGCCGGGCUCCGCCCCCUGCCCCGCCGGCCCCGCCCCCUCCUACCCGCCCUCCAUCAGCGUGGUGAUCCGGGACCGGCCCCCCGCGGCCCCGCCCACGCCCGACGCCCUGGCCACGCCCUCCUCCUGCAGCGAGAUCAGCAGCGAGGUGUCGGCCUCGGAGAUGAGCAGCGAGGUGGGCUCCACGGCGUCGGACGAGCCCCCGCCCCCGGGCUCCGCCCCCUCCUGCCCGGCCGAGCCCCUGCGCUGCGCCCUGCACCCCGCCUGCCUGCUGGCCGGCAGCUUCCAGCGCCAGCUCUCCAGCGCCACCUUCUCCAGCGCGCUCUCCGACAACGGGCUGGACAGCGAGGACGAGGAGCCCAUCGCCGGGGUCUUCUCCAACGGCAGCCGCGUGGAGGUGGAGGUGGACGUGCACUGCCUGCGCGCCCGCGAGCGGGCCCCGCCCCCCGCCCCGCCCCCGCCCCCGCCCACCCCGGAGGCCCUGGACGAGGACCCCGGGGAGGCGGAGCCCGAGGGGCGGGGAGCGCCGGGGGGCGGGGACGCGGGCGGGCGGAGCCUGGGCAGGAGGCGGGGCAACGGGUCGGUGGCCCCGCCCGAGAGGAGCCACAACCUGAUCGAGGUGGCGGCCGACGCCCCCGCCAAAAAGCCGGGCGGGUACUUCACCGCCCCCGCCCAGCCCGACCCCGACGACCAGUUCAUCAUACCGCCCGAGCUGGAGGAGGAGGUCCGAGAGAUGAUGAAGCAGCACCAGCAGCAGCAGCAGCAGCAGCAGCAGCAGCAGCAGAGAGCGCCCCCUGCUGACCAGCCUGCAGACUACUACGACACACCCCUCUGAAGCCAGGGGCACUCUCAGACCUCGCAUAUGGAGACCUUUGACCCCUGCCCCUUGACCACCCCCCCCCCACACACACCCCCCUUCCAACAAACGCACUGCAUUUUUAUCAGAUCAAACACUAGUUAUUUUGUGCAUUGUCAGACCCUUCACAAUCCACGGAUUAAUUCAAUCUUAACAUGGAGCGUUCUUGUCACAUUCUUACCUGUCAUAUCAUUUUACGUGAUAUAAAAUAAUUAUGCUGAAAAGCACUUUUUAAAGAAAAGAAAAGAAAACAUACUGAAUCUUUUAUUUGAACUAAAAUUUGUUGAAUGGUACAUACCUGGAAUAUGAAGCUUGACUGUUGUAGGUAGAGCUCUCGCUGAAACUGUAUUUCUUCAGUAAAUCAUGGCUUUUGGCCUGUAAAAAGUCAUAGAAAUUUUUGUAGAAAUUUUGAAGACUAACUCCUAGGAGUUGCCUACUAUUUUAAUGUGACUUAGUCACUUUACUAAUCUUCUCUAAGAGAAAAGUUGAUUUUUUUCCCCCAAUGAUUGUAAAUAGGAUAAAUGUUGAUACUGAUGCUUUUAAAGGGUCUUUGACGUCAGUGACUGGCUUUGCAGACAGACAGAGGGACUCAGCAGAGUCAGUCUGCUCAGUUUGGACAGUCUGGAGGUGGAGAGACAGUACUGGUGCCAGUGCUUACUGCACACACACACACACACACACACACACACACACACACACGCACACACAUACCUACACACAAGCGCACACACACACACGCACACAUACCUACACACAAGCGCACACACACACACACGCACACAUACACACACACACACACACAUACACACACAUACGUACAUACAUACACACACUCACAUACAAACACACACACACAUACCUACAUACAUACAUACAUACAUACACACACACACUCACAUACACACACAUACAUACAUACAUACCUACACACAAACACACACACAUAUAUACAUACGUACAUACCCACACACACACACACACACACAUACAUACAUACGUACAGACACUCAAACACACACACACAUACAUACAUACACACGUACAUACCCACACACACACACAUACACACUAACAUACAGACACUCAAACACACACACCGACACUCAAACACACAUGCAUCUCUCCUACUUUAUUUCUGUCAUCACCAGCAUGACUGUGUCAAGUUCAAUAAUGCAAAUAAGAUUUAUCUAAAGAAAUUGUAUCUAAAGCAGUAAAACGUGCAGAAAAGUUUCUUUUUGUUAUAAUAAAUCUAAAAUUUGCAAAUAAUACAA